UCGAUAGUAUAUUUGCUCUUCACUAGUCUCAAGAACAAAACAAAUCAAACUAGGACGAUGUCAUCAGCAAUUACUGAAAUACCGGUACAUUUGCCAAAGCUUUUGGCAUUGUUUAAAACAGUAGUGCCAAAACUGUCUAACAACAAAUAUAAGGGACAGUAUGGACGAAUUGGCGUAAUCGGUGGUUCUUUGGAAUACACCGGGGCACCGUACUUCGCAGCCAUAACUUCCAUUAGAGUUGGGGCUGACUUGGCUCAUGUGUUUUGCCAUUCAAAAGCAUCCUCAAUUAUCAAGUCAUAUAGUCCCGAUCUAAUCGUUCAUCCAGUACUGGAUUCCGAAGACGCAGUAGAAAAGAUAACGCCGUGGUUGGAUCGGCUUCAUGUAAUUGUUAUUGGUCCUGGAUUGGGUCGCGAACCGAGCAUUUUAAAAACUGCCUCAAACAUAUUAAAGCUUUGCUUGAGUGUUCAAAAACCAGUUGUUAUAGACGCCGAUGGACUUUUUCUACUUAACGAUAACUUUGAAUUGAUUUGUGGACAGCGGAAUGUUAUACUGACGCCAAAUGUCAUGGAAUUCCGAAGACUAUUUGGAGAUGAUAGCAAUGCUGCUCGUCAAAAGAUGGCCCUUCUCGGAGAUGGAGUUGUGGUCCUUGAAAAAGGAGCUAAUGACAAGAUUCAUAUUCCCCACUGCAACGAAGUUCACACAAUGCCAUUAGGGGGUUCCGGUCGUAGAUGCGGAGGUCAAGGCGACUUGCUAAGCGGUUCUUUAGCCACCUUUUUUUAUUGGUCCUUACAGUCAAAUGAACCCAAUCCUGCUUAUAUUGCCGCAGGUGCCUCAAGCUAUUUUGUGAAGAGACUAAACUCAGCUGCGUUUCAAAAGUUUGGGCGUAGCUUGCUGGCAAGUGAUAUGGUAAAUGAAAUAGCGUCCAUAUUUAAUAAGGAAUUCGAAAAUAGCGACUCUUAAGUCUGAACUAAAAUAUAUCUUAAAAAUAGUAUAUUAAUCGGGUUGAGCAUCAAAAAUAUAAAAUAUAACCAUUUACAGGAAAAA